UUACUCUGCACAAAUAGGCGUGGCUUGAUGGCGCCAGAAUUUAAAUUUGGCCUUGAAAUUUAGUUGUAACUAUUUUGCCUUUUGUUCGUUCUCCUCUUGUUUUACAGCCAUGCAGUUAAGUCUAAUAAUCACAAUCUUUCUCUUUUUGGGCCAGACUCGCUCCUGGUGGCCAUUUUCUGAAGAGGAAGAGAGAAAGAAGGAGGAUUUGGGCCCUGGACACAAACCACAAGUAGAAUUUGACGAAGAAACUGUUAGACUGGCUCGUUUUGAGAGUGUCUCCUUGCAAAUUGAGCAAAAGUUUCUCGACGAAGCAAAACAGCUCCUUGGGGUAUCUCCUUUACAGAAAUGCCAACACAGGGUAAUGAUGCUCCUAAACAAUACGUGUCACGAUAUGGAUGAUGAGGAACAUGCUAAGUUGAGUGUGAGACUCAUGAACUGCCAAUCACAAGCAGAGGGACGUCCCACCUUUAAAUGUACAGAAGAAAUGAGUAUAGCAGACUGUACCAGAGGAAUGGACCCUGAUACCUGGACUACCUAUCACAUCAUUAGUAACAGAGCGAGGGCACUCUGUUAUGUGAGGGCACAGCAGCAGUUUAGAAUACAAACUGAACUAGUUGUCAAUCGGUUAAAGAGUGUCACUUUGCAGCACCUCAAAGAUGCUGAAUCUUUAGCUCAAAUCAAUGAAAAGUUACGUGAAGAGACUAAUGAUGCAUUAACUGAUUUAAAGAGAGGACAAGUUGACAUAUUGGAGCAUCAGACCAACAUUAAGACUUCACAGGAAGUCCUCAACUCUUUUAUGCAAGGAAACAUUAACACUGUCUCUGGCAUGGGGACACUGUUGAAAAAAAGAUCAGAAGAAUUGCAAAAUGUCACGGAUAAACUUCACAAGCAUAUAGAUUUAGCACAUUCCAAGUCUGUCCAGCAGGAGAAAGAAAGGCUAAAACUGCAGGAAGCAACCAUCAAAGAAUUGGAUAAACUAAACAAAAAUGUGAAGGAAGUCUGGAAUGGAAUAGAUUCAGUUACACAGGAUUUAUUUAUGAAGUUUAAAGAACUCACUUCUUACCAUCAGAGAGUAAUGACUAACAUGGAAGAGAUGAACACCUCCAUUUCAAACCUCCUCAUUUUAAUAAACACCAUGAACACUGGUCUCACUGAUAAAUUGAGCUAUCUUAAUGAUACUGUAGGCGGCACUCAAGGAUCUCUACAUGUUGUGAUCAGCAUUGCAUCUCAUUUAUCUUUUUUCCUAUUCUGUGUACUUGUUUCUCUGUUCCUGAGGUUACCUUUCAAACCAAGGCUGUGUCUAUUUGUGCUAAUCAUCAGUAAUCUUAUGAUUGAUGUCAAGUUCAUGGUAGGGCUGAGUUUCAUGGAACUAGUCUGGACUUUAGUAGCUGUUAUAAUAGGUUAUUAUGGCUACCAAAGACUCCAUCCUUUUAAGAUUAACCUCAGACAGCAACCAAAGUCCUUACCUCAGAAACAGCAACCCUCUCCUAACCUUCCUCCUCCUCUUCAUCAUAAUGACAUCAUUGAUGAUGAUGAGCUAUCUGAUGAUUCCAGUGAAACCCCAUUACCCUCUUUCCCUCCUCCUUCAUCUCCGCUAAGACCAGCUGUUACUUUAACUCCUCAGAGAUUCUCUUCUGUCGGUAGCCACAGAAAUAUGAAAUGCUCCUCUCUAACUCGCUCCGGGUUACCGUGCCAACUGAAUGCUCUCCCUCCUUCCCCUUACUGCCACAGGCACAAGAGAGCAAACUAAAUUAUUGUUGAUAUUAUUAUUUUUAAAUCUGCUCUACUGAAAACUGACCGUGUAUAAAUAUAAUUAUUUUUGACUUCAUCAUCUUUCAAUUGAUAGUCCAUGUCUAAC